AAUGUCGUAAAAGAAUCGGUUUGCGGCAUUUUUGUUGGUUUGGUAUUAGCUUCUGCUUUCUUCAUUACUGACAUGGCCUCUGCUCCAGCACAGCAACCCACCCUGACUGUUGAACAGACUAGAGUGGUUUUGAGUGAGGUGAUCCAAGCUUUCUCUGUACCAGAGAAUGCUGCACGAAUGGAAGAGGCUCGAGAAAGUGCCUGCAAUGACAUGGGCAAGAUGCUGCAGCUUGUCCUCCCUGUGGCCACUCAGAUUCAACAGGAGGUUAUCAAAGCAUACGGAUUCAACAAUGAGGGAGAAGGUGUGUUAAAAUUUGCGAGACUGGUGAAAAUGUAUGAAACCCAGGACCCUGAAAUUGCAGCCAUGUCUGCUAAACUGAAGUCUCUCCUCCUGCCACCACUGUCAACACCACCUAUAGGAGGCGCUAUUCCAGCUUCAUAGGAAUUAUUCACAUUGUGUUUUCAUAUAAUGCUUAAGAUCAACUGAUGACUGUCAAGUUUGCCUUUUUUUGUGAAGUUUCAAAACACUAAUGUGUUCAUAAAUAUACCAUUUAUGUUGAUUUAAUUUAAAACAUUUUUGCAAGUUCUUGUUUAGCUAUUGCUUUUUAACUUGUAUUUAUUUGUACGUUCCAUAUACACUCUUUAGUUUCACUGAAACUAAACAUUUCCUUAAAUGCCAUCUUUUAUAUCAUUUUAUAUACUGCCAAAUAUGUUUUAUUAUACUGUAAAAUUAAAUGUUUUCUUUGGAUAUGUGCUGUAUUGAGAUAAAUUAUGGAAGAAAACAGCUUGUAUAUACUUUAUUAAUACAUUAAGUUUUCACAUUAAGCAUGUUUUAAAAACAUUUGCACACAUU